UGAAAAAAUUUAAAUUAAUUAAUUCUGUCGAAAGUGUCUUUUAUAGAAUUUAUCUCUUAUCAUACUCGAAUAAAUAAAAAGAAUUUUAUAUACGAAAUUUCAUUAUAGUAUCAGUCAUAGUUUAGAAAUAACAGCAACAACAUACUUAUUAGGAAAAAAUUAAAAUGAAAUUAUUUCUUUUGACAUUUAUUUUGGCAAGUGUUAGUUUCUUGUCGAUUCACGCUAAUUCAGUAUCUGCCAAUGAACCCAAACAAAUUGUUGCCUCCAAUAUAGAAGAUGAAUUUAACCGUAAAGAGGGACAGACACCACAACAAAGUUUCACUCAAUCACAUGGUACUUCAAACAAUGGCGAGGUAAAUUUCCUUGGACCACUCAAUUCGUUUAGUAAAUUAUUGCCAGAAUCCAAUUCAACAAUACAAUCUAAUCCAUACUCAAGCAAUUCAGUUAAUUCUAGUAAUCAAUAUCAACAAAAUCAGAAUCAAUAUCAACAAAAUCAAAAUCAAUAUCAAGAAAAUCAGAAUCAACAAAAUCAAAAUCAAUAUCAAGAAAAUCAGAAUCAACAAAAUCAGAAUCACCAAAAUCAGAAUCACCAAAAUCAGAAUCACCAAAAUCAGAAUCAACAAAAUCAAAAUCAGAAUCAACAAAAUCAGAAUCAACAAAAUCAGAAUCAACAAAAUCAAAAUCAGAAUCAACAAAAUCAAAAUCAAUAUCAACAAAAUCAGAAUCAAUAUCCACAAAAUCAGUAUCAACAAAAUCAGAAUCAGUAUCAACAAAAUCAGAAUCAAUAUUCUCAAAAUCAGAAUCAGUAUCAACAAAAUCAGAAUCAGUUUCAACAAAAUCAGAAUCAGUAUCAACAAAAUCCGAAUCAAUAUUCUCAAAAUCAGAAUCAAUAUCAACAAAAUCAGAAUCAGUAUCAGCAAAAUGGAUAUCAAAAUUUACAUAACACACAACAAAAUGCAUUAAAUGGAAAUCCUAAUUUACCAACUCAAUAUCAAAAUCAGUUAAUAAAUGGAUAUCAAUAUCCACAAAAUAAUUAUCAGAACAGUUAUCUUCAGAAUCAAAAUCAAAUUCCACAAAAUGGUAAUCAAUUACCACAAAAUGGAUAUCAAUAUUCACAAAACGGAAAUCAGAUUUAUCAAUCUGGAUGGCCAGUGAAAUUUCAGCCGCAGCCAUUAUAUUCUAAUUUAGGAUUAAGCGAAUCUCAAUGUUCAUCUCAUAUUAAAACAAUGGAGUCAAUGUAUCUUAAAAUGUUGGAAGAUAUAAUGAAUGAAGUGAAAACAGCAGCAAAUAAGGAGAAAGAUAAUAAUAUUUUGCAAAAUCUUGUCAAUCGUUUUGACGAUUGUCACCAAAAGAUUGGCAAUUUUGCCAGAGAUUCAAUAUUUGGAUACGCUGGUAAAUUUUUCGAUCAGCUUUUUAAGAAACCUUAUUAAAGUGAACAAAGAUGUACAAGAAUCGUUUUUUUUCUUCAAAAUAUCAACAUUUAUGUUCAUACAGUUAUUAUGUAAUAAAAUUUUCAAAAGUGUAAUAAAAAAUUUAUAGACCAAUUUUGUGAUAAAUUUUUCAGUUAGAAUAAUUCACGACAUACUUAAGUGUAUAACUUUUCAAUAAAAUGCACAAAUUGUUUUCAUUUUCA